AUGUCUUGCAUAGGUGGUUCCUCUUCCGCCGCAAGCAACAAGAGAAAGGGAAAGGAGAUUAUGGUGGAGGCGCCAGCGCCACCGGUGGCUGAGGAGAAGCAGCUGAGGAAGGGAAAGGAGAUUGUGGCGGUGUCCGAUGGGUAUGAGUCGGAGUGGGAGUCGGAUUUUGAGUGGGAGUCGGAUCCGGAGGAGGCGGAGGAGGAGGAUGAGCAGGAGGAGCAGCAAGAGAAGAAGAAGAAGAAGCCCGCAUGGCUGGAAACGCUACUGAGAACCAAGUUCUGGGACCCAUGCAAGGAGCACGGGUCUAAGAACAGAGCGGACCAGUGCAUGUUCUGCCGCAAGUGCUCCAAGGUGACCUGCCCUCGCUGCACCCACAGCAAGCCCGGCCACCGCCUCCUCAAGAUCCGCCGCUACGUCUACCGCUCUGUUGUCCAUGCUUCCGACAUGCAGCAGCUCGGCAUCGACGUCUCCAGGAUACAGACAUAUGUUAUCAAUGCAAGAAAGGUGGUGCAUCUGAGGCCCAUGAACAGAUCCAAGCAUUUCAGGCCUCAGGCAGGGACACCUCGCUGCAUAACUUGUAGAACCUGGCUCCGCAGCACGCCCAGUUUAUACUGCUCGCUUGUCUGCGAGGGGAAUUUUGAUAUAUCGCAAGACGACUUCUCGGGGCCUGAAGCUGAGCUUCGCUACAGGAGCCUCCAAGUGCAUAUGACCGCUGAACCAUCAGAGGCUGCUGAAGAGCUGCCUGACUCUGAAGUUGAGCAUGAGAUACCUGCACAAGUUGAUGAGCCGCCGCCACCGCCGGCCGCAAAUCAGAACGUGUCAUUCCGCAGGCGGAAGCGCAAGCAGGCGAGGCCGGAGAGGGCGCCAUUCUUCUGA